AUGUGGUACUCCUCCGUCACCGCCGUGCUCGUCGGAGCUCUGGCCUGGGGCGUUCAGGCGCAGGAUGACAUGCGACGCAUAUCGCCUUACCUCGACUCGGAUAUGCAGAGCCGAUGGUUCGACUUCGGUGGCGACACGAUUGUCCGCACCGACUCCUACGUCCGUCUGACCUCGGAUCGCCCCUCGCAGAGCGGGUGGAUCUUCUCGCGCGUGCCGCUGACAGCCACCAACUGGGAGGUCGAGGUCGAGUUCAAGAUCUCGGGCAAGAACCAGCUGUUUGGCGACGGCUUCGCCAUGUGGAUCACGCGCCAGCGCGGCGAGGUGGGCCCCAUCUUCGGCAGCAGCGACAAGUUUGAUGGCCUGGGUGUCUUCGUCGACACGUACAAGAACAACCGGCCGGGCGUAGUGUUCCCCUACGUCAUGGCCAUGCACAGCGACGGCACCAAGUACUACGACAAGAACAACGACGGCAAGGACGCCGAGCUGGCGGGCUGCUCGGCGCGCGGCAUCCGCCACGCGUCGGUGCCGACCAAGCUGCGGCUCACGUACUUCCAGGACCGCUACCUGCGCCUCGAGCUGCAGUACAAGAACGAGGACGAGUGGCAGACGUGCUUCGACGUCGACCGCCCGCCGCAGCUGCCCAACAUCGCGUACCUCGGCUUCAGCGCCGAGACGGGCGAGCUCAGCGACAACCACGACAUCGUCUCGGUCAAGACGUACAACCUGUACGCCAACCCGGGCUCGCCGCCGUCGGCGCAGCAGCCUAGCAAGAGCAACCGUGGCGGCAGCUCGUUCGUCUCGUCGCAGGACGGCGGCUCGUGGACGUGGUUCUUCACAAAGGUCAUCUUGUUCUUCAUCGCCGUCGGCGGUGCGUACGUCGGGUUCACCGCCUACCGCGCCAAGUAUCGCAGCCACCGCUUCUAA